AUGUCCGUUCUUGAGGCUAUUUUCGCAACAGGGUAUUUGCAUUCGCCCCCCGGAGAUAAGCCCGAACUGUUUCAUCAUAUCACUUUAGAGGACGCGGUUGCCAGCGAUCAGAAGGCAAUAGCAGAAAUGGUAUCCAAACGACCGCCAAAGAAAUCAUCAAGCGCUCUCCUGCACCUAGACACUAGGUUUGCGACCCCAGACGACAUAUCUUCGAGCGACAGCGUCAGCGAGACCUUCUGGGAUUUGUUCGCUGAGAUAAACGGGAUCUUACAUGUCGUUUUGCGCGUGGAUGUUUCUGCUCUCCAAAUCCUUCCUGACUUUACUCAGUAG